CACAGAUUUUAUAUAUACUAAGUAAAAUAAUGCAAGCAAAUAAUGUUAAUUUAAAGCAAACAGAAGGAUACCAAACAUUUACGUUUGGAUCUGUUAGAAACUCUAAGAGAGAUUCAUAGUUAGUGAACAUUAGCAGUAAGAGCUUUUUAAGCUCCCUUAAAUCAUAGAUUAAUAGCUAAACUUCUAGGAUAAUAAUAGAACUAGAUAAUUAGGAUUUAUCUAAUUGUCAAUUUUAUAAAGAAUCUUUGGAUAAAAUCAGUUAAACAUGUAGCGAAAAUACCUAAAUUUAAGUUAAAAUAUAGUAAUUGUAUAUUAGUUUAAAAAGUAGUAAAGCAGAUUCGGAUUUUAUUGUAAAUCUCACAAAACAACUAAAUUUAAUUGAAUCGAUUGAAACAUUUCAUAUCUAUGCAUAAAUGAAUAAUUUAUAUGAUUUAAGUUUAUCAAAUUUGUCUUAAUUACUUAUGAAGACAACUAAAAUAAUCUAACUAGACUUAACUUGUACCAAAGUAGCGAAUUUAAAUAUUAUUUUUCAAUCUCUAAUGAAAAACAAUAGUUUGACAGAUUUGUCUUUAAAUUUUUCUUAAAAUCCUGUUCAAAAUUUAGACAAUUUAAAAUCUUUAAAGCUCCCAGCUCUAAAAUCUUUAACGUUAGAAUUCAAAAAGUGUGCAAUAGAUGAAAAAUGCUGCUAAGCCAUCAGUUUAUUCACUAAAAGUCACCUUAAUAUUACUGUUUUGUCUUUAUAGUUGUCGGAAAACAGAAUAAAUGAUUUAGGAGUUAGAUAUAUAACAGAAGGAAUGUAAAAAUUAAAUAAAAUAAACUAUUUAUAUUUAGGUUUAAGUAACUGCCAUAUUGGAUAAGAAGGUUCUAAUUAUAUUUCAGAAUUACUAAUCAAUAACCAGAAUAUGUAAAAGAUAGAAACUCUCAACAUUUAGCUUUAAUUUAAUAAAAUCCAAACAUUUGGUGCUUAAAAGUUGCUUUAAGCCUUGAGUAACUGUAAUGAUUUAAGAGUUUUAUACUUAAAUAUAUCACAAAACUCUUUGGGGGAAGGAAUAUAUCAAAAAGCAUCUUAAAUGUUGUCUCAUUUGAGUAAGCUGACAACACUUGAUUUAGAUUUUAGUUUAAAUUAUUUAGAUUCAACAGGAUUUGAUUAGUUAGUAUAGAGCUUGAGUGAAAGCAAUUUGUUACAGCAUAUCUCCCUUAACUUAAAAUUAACACAAAUUGAUGACAACUCAGUCAGUGCUUUGUUUCCUUAAAUUUUAAACAAACUGAAUUUAACUUACCUUUCCACAGAUUUAUCGUGCAAUGAAAUAACUUUUGACUCUGUUUUGUUAGUAAAGAAGUCUGUUGAUUUAAUAAAAAGUAAAUAGCUUAAGUUGAAUGUAGAUUUGAGGUAUAAUAAUAGAAUAACUUAGGAGUAAUUGGAGGAUCUUUCCAACCAAUUCCAGCAAAUUAAGAAAAAAAGAUAAACAUUUUUCAUAUAAAUUAAACAAGACGACUGAUUGAUUGAUUGAUUGAUUGAUUGGCUACUGACUGUAUGACUAAAAAUAAGAGAAAACAAUUAAUUGCGAUAGAAUAUUUAUUU